AAGCGAAGUGAGCUGAUGGAGUUGGAAACUAAUGUUAAGAAGGCGGAGAUGAGACUGAAGCAACUCGAACCGAAAUUAAUAGCAAAGAAGAAAGAGCUGAAAGGGAUAGCGGGGCAGUCUGAGAACGAUUUGAGGGAUAAGAAGAAAUUGGAGGAGCAGAUUGGGAGUUUGGAGUCCGAACUGAAGCGUUUGAAUUUCAACGAUAAAGAAGAGGCGCAGAUUAUGGAGGAGUUGCCGAAAUUGCGUGCUGAACGUGAGGAAAUUGCUGAUGUAGUGGACAGUUUUGAGGCGAGAUGUCAGAAGCUGAAAUUGGUUUAUAAAGAUCCGAAACCGGGUUUCGAUAGAACUCUUGUGAAGGGAGUUGUGGCGAGACUUUUUCACAUAAAAGACCUUAGACAUGCUGCGGCAUUAGAGGUUAUCGCUGGUGCGAGUGUGGUGCCUUAUUUGAUUGAUUUGUUGAUUGAUUGA